UGGCCCCAGGGCGGGGCUCCCGCGGCCUCGCUAGGAGUGCAGAUGGAGGCUCGGAGAAGUGGGAUGUAAAAAGAAGAUCAGGAACAGAUUUGAAGAAAUGCAGAGUGAGUUGGUGCAAGUCAGCAUGUCAGAGACAGAGCACACAGCCUCCAUUUGCUCUGAUAAAAAUAUUGGGAAAACACCUGAACUAAAGGAAAACUCAAGCAACUCGUUUUCUGGUGAUGAAAGCAGCAGCAUAGAAAAUGAGUCCCAACUAUUGUCAUUAAACUUGGAUAAAACUUCAUGUCAGCCUAAUGAACGCAGUAAUCAAAUUGAAGCACAGGAGAACUGUAUGCCAGAUCAUGGUGGAGGUGAAGAUUCUAAAACAGACUUAUGCUCAGAAAAUUCUGAACAAGUAGCUAGUUUUCCUGGUGGAGAUUUUACAAAGCAAGUUUCGAAAACAAAUGAAACCGAACAGACAGUAAGUCAAAUAUUGGCAGAAUUAAGGUCCUCCACCUUUACAGAAGCAGCUAGUCAAAAGACAUACUCCGAAAGUCCCUAUGAUACAGACUGCACCAAGAAACUUAUUUCAAAGAUAAAGAAUGUUUCAACAUCAGAGGAUUUGUUAGAAGAAAUAGAAUCUGAGCUCUUAUCUACGGAUUUUGCAGAACACCGAGUACCAAAUGGAAUGAAUAGGGGAGAACAUGCAUUAAUUAUGUCUGAAAAGUGUGUGCAAGAUAAGUAUUUGCAGCAGGAACACACCAUAAAGAAGUUAAUUAAAGAAAAUAAGAAGCAUCAGGAGCUCAUUUUAGAUAUAUGUUCAGAAAAAGACAAUUUAAGAGAAGAACUAAAAAAAAGAACAGAAACAGAGAAGCAGCAUAUGAACACAAUUAAACAGUUAGAAUCAAAAAUAGAGGAACUUAAUAAAGAAGUUAAAGCUUCCAAAGAUAAACUAAUAGCUCAAGAUACUGCAACUAAAAAUGCAGUUCAGCAGUUACACAAAGAGAUGGCCCAUCGGAUGGAACAGGCCAAUAAGAAAUGUGAAGAGGCUCGCCAGGAAAAAGAAGCAAUGAUAAUGAAGUAUGUAAGAGGUGAGAAAGAAGCUUUAGACCUCCGAAAGGAAAAAGAGAUACUUGAGAGGAAACUUAGAGAUGCAAAUAAAGAAACUGAGAAAAACACUAACAAAAUUAAGUUGCUUUCUCAAGAGAAAGGACGUUUGCACCAACUGUAUGAAACAAAGGAAGGUGAAACUACUAGACUCAUCAGAGAAAUAGACAAACUAAAGGAAGAGAUCAACUCUCACAUCAUUAAAGUAAAAUGGGCACAAAACAAAUUAAAAGUGGAAAUGGAUUUGCACAAGGAAACCAAAGAUAAACUCAAAGAGACAACAACAAAGUUAACCCAAGCAAAGGAAGAAGCAGAUCAGAUACGAAAAAAUUGUCAGGAUAUGAUAAAAACAUACCAGGAGUCAGAAGAAAUUAAAUCAAAUGAGCUUGAUGCCAAGCUCAGAGUCACAAAAGGAGAGCUUGAAAAACAAAUGCAGGAAAAAUCUGACCAGCUAGAGAUGCAUCAUGCCAAAAUCAAGGAACUGGAGGAUCUGAAGAGGACAUUUAUGGAGGGCAUGGAUGAGCUACGAACACUGAGAACAAAGGUGAAAUGUCUAGAAGAUGAACGAUUAAGAACAGAAGAUGAAUUAUCGAAAUAUAAGGAAAUUAUUAAUCGCCAGAAAGCUGAAAUUCAGAACUUCUUGGACAAAAUGAAAAUUGCAGAUCAGAUACAGGAGCAAUAUCAAAGAGGUAAACAAGAAAUUGAGAAUUUGAAGGAAGAAGUGGAAAGUCUUAAUUCUUUGAUUAAUGACCUACAAAAAGACAUCGAAGGCAGUCGGAAAAGAGAAUCUGAGCUACUGCUGUUUACAGAAAAGCUUACUAGUAAGAACGCGCAACUUCAGUCUGAAUGCAAUUCUUUACGGUCCCAGUGUGACAAGCUUUCCUGUAGUGAAAGCCAGUUACAAAGCCAGUGUGAGCAAAUGAAACAGACAACUACCAACUUGGAAAGUAGAUUGUUGAAAGAGGAAGAACUGCGAAAAGAGGAAGUCCAGGCUCUGCAAGCUGAACUCACUUGUAAACAAACAGAAGUUAAAGCAUUGAGUACCCAAGUUGAAGAAUUAAAAGAUGAUUUAGUAACUCAGAGACGUAAGCAUGCCUCUAGUGUCAAGGACCUUACCAAACAACUUCAGCAAGCACGAAGAAAAUUAGAUCAGGUCGAGAAUGGAGGCUAUGAUAAAGAAGUCAGCAGCAUGGGAAGUCGUUCUAGUUCAUCAGGGUCCAUUAAUGCCCGAAGCAGUGCAGAAGAUCGAUCUCCGGAAAACACCGGGUCGUCGGUGGCUGUGGAUAACUUCCCGGAAGUAGACAAGGCCAUGUUGAUUGAGAGGAUAGUAAGGCUGCAGAAAGCACAUGCCCGAAAGCAUGAAAAGAUAGAGUUUAUGGAGGAUCACAUCAAACAAUUGGUGGAAGAAAUUAGGAAAAAAACAAAAAUCAUUCAGAGUUACAUUUUACGGGAAGAGGCAGGCACCCUUUCUUCAGAGGCAUCUGAUUUUAACAAAGUCCACCUAAGUAGACGGGGUGGCAUCAUGGCGUCUCUAUACACAUCCCAUCCAGCUGAUAGUGGACUGACAUUGGAACUCUCUCUGGAGAUCAACCGAAAAUUACAGGCUGUUUUGGAAGAUACGUUACUAAAAAAUAUUACUUUGAAGGAAAAUCUACAAACACUUGGAACAGAAAUAGAACGUCUUAUUAAACACCAGCACGAACUAGAACAGAGGACGAAGAAAACCUAACACGAAACUGCUGCUCAGGGACGAGAGAACAACCACACGAGGAGCAGGGUCACUGCCCGUAUUGUUGGAACCCUCCCCAGUGUAUCAGCCAGUAAAGAGUGAUCGAUUGACCUUACAGAAAAGUACCUUUACCUUAGGAAUGCAUUGCAGUGUGUCCUGUAAGAGUGUAGACUUGAUGGAAUCUGUUUUCGUAUGGUGACAGUCACCAUAGAACCAAAACAACCUAGUUUAAUUUGCUAAGAAUCAUCGAAAUGCUCAACAUACAAGGGCUUUUGGAAAACCCUUCUCCAUUUUUUCCACUUUAAAACACAUCAUGUCAAAAAUGAUCCAGCUUUUUAAAAUUAUGCAUGAAAGGACCAGUAAUAUGCUAUUUUCCUAACUUAAAAGAAAACUAAAAAAUAAAAAAUUUUGUCUUGACAUUCCAAUAUUUCAUUUGGUUGUGUUUUAGGGAGGGUACCAGUGAUCCUUAAAUCUAUUAAUUUUAAUGGAAGCUAAUAGGAAAGCUAGCUUGAGGUAAUUGGCCCAUGAUCAGGUAUGUACCUUAUCUGGGCUAGGUACAUUUUUUUUCAGAUUUAAAUUGUUUGAGUUCAUAGUUGAGUUUUUUAAAUCUUCAGUUACAUAAAAUAUGAUUUAAAAUAACAUGCUCAUUUAGAAAAUUCCUGUGGACUUCAUUUAUAUUUUAAAAUGUGAAAUUGACUAGUUAUUAAAACAGAUGAAUAGUGAAUUCUUUGAAACUGAAAUACUUGCGUUUUACUAAUAUCAAAUGCAAAGAUAAAUGUUUAAAAUAUUUAUGAAGAUUCUGUUCCCAAGAGAAUGCACUCAUUCUGUACUGUUUAAGCUCCCAUUCUUCACUAUUGAUAUACUUACUUGUUAUAGUGGAGUGAUCCAACAAUCCCCACAUAUGAGGCGUUUCAGUGUAUUUAUUUAAAACACAAAAUAAUUACUUCUCUGUAACCAAAGGGAUUUUAGAGCCAAAUUUAUGUAUCCUAUUGGAUUUUUACAAUAUUUAUUUGCAAUGUGGCAACUUAAAUAUUGCCAGUUGUGGUGUCAGUAUUUCUAUGUCAUUGAAUUUUUCUUGCUUCUUAUAAUUUCUCAUCUGUUAUAAUUUCUGUGUGCAGUUUAUAUUUUUGUCUUGCAGAAAGCCUCAUUUUUGUUUUGGGUUUUUGCAUUCUUUUUUCUCCCCUUAAGUAAGCUUUGGGAUGAUAGAUUAAAAGCCUUUCAAGAAUUGUAUGGUUCUCAAAGUUGGGCUCGUGGUGGCAAUAUCCCUUUCAUGGAUUUUAACAUUUUUUUUUUAGUCAUCAUUGUUUAAAAAGAUAAUUUACUAAGGGUUAGAUGAUUCAUUAUAUUGUUUUUUCUGUAUAUUGAGUUAUGUAUUGUCAUCCCAAAACAAAACGUUUUUACUUCAAAAUGGAUAUACAAGUUUUAAAAAUUUUUUAAAUAGCUGUUAAAAAGUAUUAGUCUUACAAUAAUGUGUCUUGUUCUUUUUACCAAUAGUAAUUUAUCAGAAUAAGAGGGUAAGUGCAAUCAAAUCGGAAUUAUUUUCCCAUUUGCUUCUAGACAUCUAGUUGAUACUCCCAAAGACUACUUAGAGUAGCCAAGGUAACUAAAUUUUUACGGCUUCUUAUGUGAUACAGAUUCAAACAUUACAAUAUUUAUUUUCUUCUAAGACACAAAAUGUAUUAAUGGAGACCAAAUAGUGAUGCUGUGUCUAUACACUCUUAAAAACAUAAAAAUUAAAAAUAUAUAUACAUUUGUUACAUACAAAAUUGAAACAUUCCAAUAUUGACAUUUGUGCCACCAUUCAUUUGGAGAAGUUUAAAUUGGAAACAAUAAUAGAAGAAAGCUAUUGUAAACCAUAUUUUGACUUAUUGUUACUUUUCCCCCUAAAAUAUAAGAAACUAUGGAAAACUUUUGAAGAAAAUAUUUUCCUUUUGUUCUUUAGUUUUUACUGCAUCCUUUUUAUAUGGGUCAGGACUGAGCACAAUGUACAAAAAUAUGCACAUGUCAGAUCUCUGUCUCUACAUUGAUUCACACGUAGCUCCUGACUUAGAGGGCCUUCUUCCCUUACUGUGUUGGAUAUAUGGAGAGAAGAAUGGGGUACCCGACAAGGAAAAUGGUCUCGAUAAACCUCAGAUCUGAGGGGGGAAUUUUUUGUAUGUGCAUUAUGAAUUGUACACACCAAAGGCUGUUUUGGUUAGUACAGUUUUGGUUUCUUUGAGCAGGAAAUGAUUUUGUGUGUGUGUGUGUGUGUGUGUGUGUGUGUGUGUGUGUAUACACUUCACCAGGUUUCAAUUUUAAAGUGAAUAUUUACUGUGACUCCCUUUUUUCCCCAUACCCCUCCAAACUUUAGUCUGUUAAGUUUCAAGGAUUGCAAAUAGUGUGUUUGAGCAGAAUAACGAGUUUGAACUUUGAUGGUUUCUUUUUAACUUUCUUCAUCACCAUUUAAAUAGACUUAUCUUGAAAUUAAAUUUUAUCAGGCUAUGUUAUUUAUUCAUUUAAUAAACAUGGUUAUUGAAAAUCUGUUGCCUGGCGCCAUCCUAGGUACUGUGGUGAUACUGGUGAACAGGCCAGAGAAAGCAGUUCCCCUCCUCCCAGAGCUGUGGUCCUAGAACGGACCCAGCAGGGCAGCUCUGAGCCUCUGCCACUCCUGCCAGGCGCGUGGGAAGAGGGUCAGUCCUCCUGUGCAAGUAGGUGGCCCAGGAACCUCACUCUGGCACGCACCUUUGGGAAACGAAUCCUUACUGAGGUACGCGGCAGCAGGUGGCUGUUCCCUUGGUAGUUACAUACAUUUCCACACUUUUGUCACAGUUUGAUGUUUAAUUAUUCCGUAAGAAGGAAAAAAAAAUCCAAAGACCAUAAAGUGGCAUUCGAUUUUUGCCAUUUUAGUAAAUUAUUAAUGCCUACUUGAUGCUUAUAAAGAUUAUCUAAUCCUGCAGUCACGUGUAUUUCCAAACUUUGUUUUGCACUGUAUUAUUUUCUAAAGAUUUUUACAUGUAAAUUUAGACUAAUAUUUACCAGUAGGGGAAAAUAAAAUUAGAAAUACUAAUUACCAUUAGUAUUGUGAAUGUUAUAUAUACUACCAUGGUGAAAAUAUUUUUAUCAAUCAUGUUAUUAUUUGCUAUGGUUAAUUUGCCUUAUGAAUGUUGACUCCAGUAGCUUAUUUUUCAAUAACUUUAUUAUUUUAAAACAAAACAAUUCUUUUUUGACACUAAGAUUAUUAAUUUUUAACAACAGUUGGUGGCACUAAAAACCUAAAAGCUUUUCAAGGCUGAAGAAGAGAAAGUAAUUGAAAAAUGUAUCCAAACAUCAAGAAUUUUCAGGACAAUAAAUGAAAAGUAUAAUUGUAUAUUAAAGUUGUAUUUUUCUUCUGGAAUGGAAUCCUUUUUUAAAAUGCAAUAUGGCUGUCCAUUUAGAUUACGAUGAUGAAACUUGCUUAUCUUCCAAAGUUCAUAUAUAUGUAUAUAUAGAUAGGUAGAUAUAGCUAUAUAUAUAUAUAUAUGUGUGUGGAUUGUACAGAUAAUCUCUAAUUUGAUUACAUUGUUCAUUUUGUAAAUAUGUCUCUGUAUAAAAUUAAGCUUUUCAAGAGAAUUCUAUGUAUAUAUUGUACUUAUUAAAUAGGUAAUGCCUGUUUACCC